AUCACCACCACCCCUCCACCACCGUCACGCCAACCACCACCCCUCCGCUCCCCUCCCCCUGGAUCAACUAACAACCCGCGCCAUCCCCUCUUGUGGCUCAUAGCAAUCGUAGCAACUAUUUAAACCGCCAGGUCCCCGAAAAUUAUUGCUGCAACUCGCACCAUCAUGUCUUCAGUCCAGGGAACCGUCAACGACAUCACCUCCCACAAGGUCACUGCCAUCGUCUCGUUGGCAUUGUCAGCCUACGGCAACAUCCGCUACUUGGUGGGCAGAUCGCCCUUCGACCACCACAGCCCUUUUAACGUGUCCAACACUCCGUUCUCAGCCAACAUCAUCGUCACCUUGACCUACUGGGGCUUGCUCUAUCUCUUGCAGAUCGCGUUCGUGGCCCAGAUCUUCAUCCCCAACCUCGAGUCCUCGCUGCGCUCCGACGCCACCAAGCAUGUGGGCAAGCACUUCACCGUGUUCAACAUCUUGUCGUUUGUGUGGUCGAUUUUGUUCGCCAAAAAGCACUUUUUCUGGAGUGAGCUUAUUUUGAUCGUCAACUUGUUCAACAUCUUGGCGUUGUACUUCAACCACAAGACCUACAGCAUCAAGCCAUGGUCCAACCUCGUGUUGAUCCACGCUAGCACUGUGGCGUUCCCGUUGUCGUGGUUGUUGUACGCCGUGUUCUGGAACGGUGCCGUGUUGUUCCACGUCCACAAGUUCGUGGGUAGAGUGGUUUCCAACGUGUUGAUCUGGGACUUCUUGAUUGUUCCCGGCUUCUUCUUGGUCGUCUACAACGAUUGGGCCACUGGAUUCAGUUCCAGUAUCCUCACCUUCGGAUUGGGCUUGGGCCAAUUGUUGGUCAAGGUGUUUGCCUUGCAAUGGAUCUUUGCCUUUGUCAUCUCUGCCAUCUUGUUGGUGUUGUCCUUGGUGGCUGCCUUCAACGGCAACUUGGGCAGAAGAAACAUCGAGCUCACUGACAGCGAGCAGGCCCCAUUAUUGGAGUAAAUGCUCGGGCCAGCAUUUAUAUUAAAGCGAAACUAAUAGCUGCGUUUGACGGAGCCAUUUACGGUGUAUUGAGACUUAAUUAAUAGCUACGCGUGAUUCCAGUAGGUUGUAGAGGAAAUGCGUAUAUUAUUCCAAUCGUGUGAUUAUAUACUAAGAUUAGUUACGAAAGUAGCUUAACAUUAAGACUUUACCGACAAAUAAGACCUAUCCUCAGAAAUCACUUUUAUCUGGCUUAUUAAAGUCUUGAUUCAUUAAACCAACCGCACCUUCUUGCCAAAAGUAGGAAAUGA